AUGGCUAGUGAUGAGAUUGUGGAGAAAGGCAGAGAAGUUCUGCAGACUUGUCUUGGAAAGCUUUGCAACCUCAAAUGUCUAUAUAUGGAUAUUUAUUCUCCCGGGGAUUCCUUCUAUUUUGAUGCGUUGAGUUCAACACCUGCUUCUUUCCAUCAUCUCGAGAUAUUCUGUGGACGCAAGUUCUCAAGGGUUCCUGGAUGGAUCAGCCAACAACAUAACCUCUAUGAGCUGGAUCUUGAUGUUAAGCAAGUGUCUGAGGAAGAUGUUGGAAUUCUUGCACAGCUGCCCUCACUUAUCAACAUGAUGUUGCACAUCUUAGGAACUCCGGAAGACAAGAUCAUCAUCCAUGGAAGUGGAUUCCCUGUUCUGAAGCGUUUUACAUUUGGCUGUAGCAGGAUAUCGUGCCUGGCUUUUGUGGCAGGGGCAAUGCCCAAGCUUGAAAGGCUCGAGCUACAUUUUAAUGCGAAGGGGUGGGACAGGUACGGCGCUGCACCUACUGGAACCGAGCACCUCUCAGGCCUCAGGGAAAUCCACGUAGACAUUGGGGGAUUGGGUGCCACGAAAUCAAACAGAGGAGCUGCAGAGUCUGAGUUCAAGAACGUCAUAGACAUGCAUCCAGGUCGACCUGUAGCCAACAUCGACUGCCCUGAUUCAGGGUGGAUAUUUGAAGACUAG